AUGCGAUUUUCGCUCGCACUCGUUUCCACCCUGUUGGGCAUUGCCGUCGCGGCGCCCCAGGGUGUCACCGACAAGCUCACCCCGACUGCUCCCGCCCCGGCUGGCUGCACGGGCACUUUCGAUGGUAACUUUGAGAUUACUGUCGCUGAAGUGACCGAGAAGCGCAGCGUUUCUCAAAUCGAGAAACGUGCCGAGUGCGGUGCUGAUGGUGUUCUCGUCUUGUCGCUGAAGGAUGGAUCAACCUUCGACGCCAAAGACCGAACUGGUUACAUUGCGUCCAACUACCAGUUUCAAUUCGACGCACCCGCCCAAGCUGGCGCUCUCUACACCAGCGGUUUCUCUGUCUGCGAGAACAACGUUUUGGCCCUGGGUGACUCCCAGACUUUCUACCGCUGCCUGUCCGGAACGUUCUACAAUUUGUAUGACCGUAACUGGGCACCGCAAUGUGAGCCUGUCUCGAUCAUCGCCGUUCCCUGUGGUUCAGACACUCCCGCUGCGCAGAUCCCAGAUGGCCAGGUUGUCGGCACUACCGUUGUACAGACUACUAUCGUCACCGCUUUGCCCGAUGGCCAGCCCCAGGUGGUCACAACUUCGGUCCCUGUUCCUAUCUGCCAGAUUGGCGAUGGCCAGGUUCAGCAGGUCACCACUCCUUGUAUCUCCGUCACCGCUACUCCGACCAGCACGUAUGUGCCCGUGAGCGAGUACACUGAUGGCCAGAUUCAAGUUACCCCUCCUGGAACUGCCCCCGCGCCGCCUGCUAGCCCGACUCCCGAGUCGCCCGCGCCAUCCGCACCCGCUCCGUCAGCGCCUGCUCCGUCGGCUCCUGCCACGACAGCACCGGCACCCAGCAGCAGUGCGGUUGAGUCCAGCUCAGUCGCUAGCUCCAGCGCCAGCGCCCCAGCCAGCUCAACCUCGGCCAGCCCUACAUCUCCCCCGGUUGAGACCUCGGCUCCACCGCAGAGCGGAUCGUCUCGUGUCUCGGUCGGAUCAGUCGGUGCCCUAGUCUUCACAGCCAUGGUCGCGUUCUUCUACCUGUAA